AUGAUCUGUUCACCAAUAUACCCUCUUCGUGCAGCUGCGGGAAGCCACUUCCUCCGUCGCUGUAUGUCAACCAAUGCACCAAUUACGAAACUACAGAAAAAUCUUCUCGCUGUUUCAUCUGCUUUCGGUGCAUUUUUCGAUCCCAGUAGACAAGACAUGAUCGCGACGUUGGGAGAAACGACUGGUUCUAUAUUCCUUAGUAGGCUCCGGGAUGACAUGUUACGAGAUCCCGUUGGUCGUCGUAUAUUAAAGGAACGACCAGUCGUUAAUUCGAAAACUAUUGAUAUAACCUAUUUGAGAUCACUUCCUGAAGGAGCAUUUGGGAAGGAAUAUACCAAAUUUUUAGACAUGGAAAAAGUUACACCAGAUUCCCGAGUUAAGGUUCAAUUUAUCUAUGACGAAGAGUUAGCCUACGUGAUGCAAAGAUAUCGAGAAAGUCACGACUUCUUCCAUACACUAACUAAUCUACCAACAAACAUCGAAGGAGAAUUGGCUUUAAAAUGGUUUGAGCUUGUUCAAACCGGAUUGCCAAUGACUUUUUUAAGUUCUAUGUUCGGACCUUUAUUAUUACCAUCAAAGGAAAGAACCAGACUGUUUUGCAAAUAUGUUCCAUGGGCCAUUCAAUGUGGUUCGCAGAGUAAAUUGUUGAUGAAUGUUUAUUAUGAAGAAUGUUGGAAUAGGAACAUUGAUGAAAUGAGAAAAGAAUUGGGGCUUUAUCUCUUAACUUGA